ACUGACUGACUUCCUUAUAUGAACUGUAACUCAGUAAAAUAUUAUAAAUUAUAUAAUAUGUUUGUUUAGUAUAAAUGUAAUACAGCGAGCAUAUAACAAGCAUAUAACGAAAUGUUACUACCGUUUUUCAAACUCGUUUCACGCAAUUCGAUUAUACGAAUUCCGGAUGUGGGCCGAACAGCUGUUUCAGACACGAUAACAUAUUUCCACUUUCCUUUAGCUAGCAGCUAGCUAGCAGGCCAGCAACAACAACAAUAACAACACGCCGGAUAUUCAGAUUAUAUUUAAGGAAUUGUAACUGAUCUUUAAUUAAAGGUGAUCAAGUUAAAGUUCAGUCGCUGGAAGCUAAGGUUUCGAUGUUGUGCCCUAGUAUUAGCUAACGUUACAUCUUGCAGCUGGAGAUUGAUCAUAUUUAGUAGUCCUCCGCAUUGGAAGAGACCAUUCUGUUGUUCCAGCCCAACAUAUCUGGGCUAUGUGCAAGGCACCAUAAGACUCCAAGAGGACACUAAUUGAUGGUUUAAAACAUGGACCAGGGUGUUGCCGAAAGUCCUGUUAUCAUUGUCAUCAAGGCACCCAACCAGAAGUAUGAUGACCAGACAAUCAACUGCUUCCUGAACUGGACAGUGGAGAAACUAAAAACCCAUAUCUCACAUGUGUAUCCCAGUAAACCGAGCUUCAAAGACCAGAGGCUGGUGUAUUCUGGGAAGCUCCUCUUGGAUCACUUAAUACUGAAAGAUGUGCUCAGAAAGAAGGAUGAGUAUCACAUGGUCCACCUGGUGUGUGCAUCUCGCACACCUCCCGGGUCCCCCAAGCUCCACAGCAACAAGGCCCCUGGAGUCCCCUCUACUGGCUUCACGACGGGUCAGAGCCCCAGUCUCUCCUCCCAUAGCCAAGAUGGCCAAUCAACCUCCACUGGAGAGAGCUCUGACGGGCUGAGACAUCGCACAGGCCCCGUCCCUAACCAUGCAGCACACCCUGCCUUAAUGCAAGCCUACAUGUGGAACCAGUUCUCUCCACAGCAAGGCCCUACCAACAACAUGCCAGCCUACCUUGGCAUACAGUACAAUCCCAUGACGCUGCUGUGGUGGCAGCAGGUGUACGCCCGGCGUUACUACAUGCACUAUCAGAUGUUGGCUGCCUCAUCUCACCACUUUAGGCCUGACCUGCUCUCGACCCAGCCCGGUCAAUCCGAUCCUCUGAACCCACUUCCCCUGGAGGAGCGCCGUGGCGAGCCUGACAUCCAGAUGAACGCCCAGGGAGGGGAGGCGCAUCUGAACGAAGAAGAGCUGAACCGUGAUUGGCUGGACUGGGUGUACACGGGGUCACGCAUCGCCAUCUUGCUCAGCAUAAUCUACUUCUACUCCUCCUUUAGCCACUUUGUCAUGGUGAUGGGCGCCAUGUUGUUGCUAUAUCUGCACCAAGCAGGGUGGUUCCCUUUUAACCCGGAGAAUGAAUUUCAGAACCAUGGAUAUGAGCCCCAAGAGGAUGAGAUGGAGGCGGACCUUCAUCAUGACCUCCAAGAGAUGGAGCGGAUGAUGGAUGAAGGCUUGGGGGACGAUGAUGGGGACAGUGGAGAGGAAGGACUGGAGGAUCCCAAUGGUAUUCCCCAUGCUGGCUUUCUCUCUACGACUUGGUCUUUUAUUGUCACGUUCUUCAUGUCUCUCAUACCUGAGGGGCCACCCAAUGCUGCCAACUGAGCCAAUGAGCCAUGGGAGAAUGGCACUACUGACUGGACUGAAUACACUAUCUUAGAAUGCCCAGCGAGUUCACCCUUGUCUACACAAUCAUUGUACAUCUACCGGAUCACAGGGCACUACAGAAGAACUGAGUGGUCACUCAGCCACACAAACAGAAAGGCUUUGAACUGGUUUUGAAGUGAACAACAAUAAGCUUUGGGGAAAAAGGACAUCCCUGUGUAAUAUUAUGUUUAAUACCAUGAUAAUUAAACCUAUUUUUGAGUGAAAUAAUAAAUAAAGUAUGUAAACUGUAAA